CAAAUAUCCCCAAGGAAGACGAAGAAACCACAGCAAGUAGAAAAUGGCAGAGUCUAAGUCCGUUGCCAUAAUCGGAGCCGGCAUUUUCGGUCUUUCGCUGGCCGUCGCGUUGCAGGAUAGAAAUUAUAAGGUCACUGUAUUCGACCGAAGCCAGUAUGAUGAAAAUGGAUACGAUCCCGCAGCCGAUGGUGUACAGGCUGCGUCUGUUGACCACAACAAGAUUUUUCGUGCCUCAUACGGGACAAAGCUUCAUUACCAACGUCUCGCCAUAGAGGCUCGGAAGGCGUGGGUGCUGGGGGAUGAAAAACAUGGUUUCUCGGAGCAGAGCGAUCUCUCAAAUGACCAGAGACUAUUUGUCGGUAGCGGAAUGCUUCGAGUACAACCAUCGGAUGUCCUGGGUGCUCUUGAAAAGGAAACAUUGGCCAACAUGGAGCGGGAUGGUCUGCGAGACACGCAAUUUAUCAAAGGCAAACCCGAGGACCAUCGACGCGCUGAGCAGCUGGGCUGGAAGGACAAACUACUUGACUUUGAGAUCCCGCAAUCUUCACCCGCAAGCACCUAUGAGGCGGUCUUGGAUUCACUGGCCGGAUUCGUGAGAUGCAGUAAUGCCUGUGCAUACUAUCAGAAUAUUGCUGCCGACAAGGGUGUGGAAUUCUGCUUUGGUCCGGAUAAGGGAGCUGUCAAGUCACUUGUCAAGUCGAGUAGUGGCGUCCACUCUGACAAGGAGAGAGUGACAGGGAUCAAAUCGAAAGAUGGCAAAUUGCACAAUGCAGAUGUGGUGGUCGUUGCUGCCGGAUCAUUUUCAACACAGAUUCUUCCUGAGUUGAGUUAUUUUCUUGAGUCUUCGGCAGGAAGCCUUGCUACAUUCAAGAUUGAUCCGGCGAAUACCGAGCUGUGGGACAAGUAUUCACCCGAGAGGUUUCCUGUGAUGACAUGGAAAAGUGUUCCUCGAGACAGUUCUGGCAAGGACACCGGCAGUAUCUAUGUCUUGCCACGUACUCCAGAGGGCUUGUUGAAGAUUGGAUAUCGUGGAAUCAAAUUCACCAAUUUCCAGCCAGCACCUGAGAGUACUCCGUUCACGCAAGAUGGCCAGUGGUCAGUGCCUCUUCCGCCAGAAAUGUGCUCUCAGCUCCAGGAACCUGCUCUUUAUGCCAUCAAACAGUUUGUUUCAAUAUUUUUACCUGAAUUCAGUGGUGUCCCCUUUGACUCUACGAAGCUCUGCUGGUAUACAGACUCGCUGGACAAUUCCUUUUUGAUCGACUACGUUCCAACCUAUGCGGAAAACUCCGUCUUCGUUUGUACUGGAGGAAGUGGCCAUGGGGCAAAAUUCCUUCCAGUUCUUGGCGAGCAUGCCGCAGAUAUUAUAGAACAUGGCGAUCAAAGCGCAUCGUACAUGCGCCCAUUCUGGCGCUGGCGGCCGGAGGUCCCGCGAAGGAAUGGUCUCGAAGAAGGUCCCGGUGGACCGCGGGAUAUUUCACACAUCUCCUGAUGGAGAGGGCAACGCAUGUAACAUAUCUAGACAUAGACAUUUUAGUAUAUAGACUUUUGCGGUGACAGUCGCGGUAAAUGAAAUAUCUGAGCGUAAGGCUCCUCUGUUCCGUG